AUGGUUAAAAAAUUUCAAGAUUUAUUAAAACAAAAAUUUAUUAAAAUUAAUACCAAAGAAGGAGGUGGAAAUAUAAAAAUAUUUGGUGAUGCCUUAAAUCCUUCUAUACCUUAUAAAAUAUUUCUUCUAUCAAUAGAAGAUACAGCAGAAUGGGUUGUUAAAGAAACGCUUGAAAAAUAUGGAUUAAAACAUGAAGAUCCACAAAAUUAUUGUUUACUUCAAAUUAUUAUUCCACCACGUGAUCAAAUAGGUAAUACAACUAUUAAAGAAACCAUACUUCAUGAUAAAGAAUGUCCAUUAAAUAUUUAUUCAAAUCAUUUACAAAAAAAUCAAGGAUCAAUCACAUUUAAAGUAAUUAAAUGUCCACAAGAAUAUAUUGAAAUUCGUAAACAACUUCGUACACAAGGGACAACUUUAGAUACAAAUAAAAUUCCAUCAAUUCAAUAUCGAACUAUUAUUAAUGAUCAACUUCCUAUAUUUAUUGAAAUUAAUCAUGAUGGCACUGAUUUAUUAACACCUCGUGUAUUUAAACUUUAUCCAAAUACGACAUACGUUGGUCGUAAUGCAAAAUCAGCAAUUGGAAAACAAUAUUUUUAUCUUGAUGGUGUUGGUAUUGAUCGUGAUCAUUGUACAAUACAAAAUCAAAAUGGUACUGUAACACUUAUUCCACAUGGUGAAAUAUGGUUUAAUGGAAAACUUGCUUCUAACCCAUUUAUUCUUCAACAUGGAGCAGUAAUUCGUUUUGGACGAAAUUCAACAUAUUGUUAUUGUGAUCCACAAUUUGUUCAGAAAUCAAAAUUAAUCUCAGGACAAAGAAAUCUACAUAAUGGAGAUAAAUUAUUUGUAUAUGGUUCUUUACCAAUACUACCAAUGAAUGGAAUAAAUAAAAUGAAUAAUUCUCCAUCUAAUGCUUUACAUAUUCAAUCAAAGAAAACAUCAUCAACUCAUGUUAUCGAACAAGGAACAAAGUUCAAUGUUUUACCGGGAUUAUUAGAAGUUCCUGUUGAAAAAUAUUUUGAUUUUAUUUUAGUUGAAAUUCGAUUUCUUCAUGCUGUUUUUAAUAAUUAUCCAUUAAAUAGUAUUCAUUUUCGUUUAUCGCCUGUGUAUACACUUUACAUGACACUACGACAUCGUCUUUCACCAUAUGGAAAAUCCAAUGUAACAUUUAUACAAAAACUAGAAGGUGUUAUCUCCUUACUUCAUCGUAUUGAAGAUAUGAUAAAUAAAAAAAUUGAAGAAUGUCAGGAACAUGGUGAUUAUCUUGCUUAUUGGUUAGCAAAUACGUCCGAAUUCCUUUAUUUUCUAAAACACGAUAGAGAUUUAUCGAAAAUUUCUCAUGAUAUACAAGUUUGUUUAAUUGGAUCUGUUCAACGUUUAUUUUAUUAUUUAAUAAAUUGUUUAAAAACUGAAUUAGAUAAAUAUUUAACUGCAUUUACCAAUCCACAGGACGAUGUUGAACAUCAUAUUCAUAUUACAUUGAAUAAUUCGAAAGUUUUAGAAGAAAAUAAUUCAACAAAUUUAAAAUUAUCUGAUACACGUUGGAUAACAGUCGAUAGAAAUACAAAUCAAUAUAAACAAUCAACAUUAAAUGAUAUACUUGCAAAAUUUUCAUCCAUAAUGAAUUUAUUACGUAAAUGUCGUCUAAAUGUUGCAUUUACCAUUCAGAUAUUUUCACAAUUAUUUCAUUAUAUAAAUACAUGGUUAUUUAAUCGAAUUGUUUGUUGUCCAGAUUUAAAAUUAUGUUCAUAUAUUUGGGGAGAAAAAUUAUUAUUUCGAUUAAAAUCUAUUAAGGAUUGGGCAGAAAAACAAGGUUUAGAAUUAGCAUCAGAAUGUCAUUUAAUGAAAGUGAAUCAAUUAUGUCUAUUAUUAAAAAGUUCAAAAAACGAUAUACAUGAUGUACAACAGUUAUUAUUGAAUAAAACAUUUAAAAUUAAUUCAAUACAAAUAACACAAAUAUUAAAUAAUUAUAUUUUAAAUAGAAAUGAACCACCGAUUUCCAAUAGUUUUCGCGAAGCCCUUCUUUCUACUGCUUAUAAAUAUGUUGAUGAAAAUUUACAUCGUGAAGGUUUUAUGAUUCAAUUAGCGGAAGAACCAAGUUUAACAUUACCAUUUGUAUUUUCCGAAGAUGGUUAUACAUGUGAAAAUUUACGUGGUAUACCAGAAAAAUUAUUUGAAUUCAUUGAACCUAUGAGUCGAUCAGGAUUAUGUCGUUUAUUUACGAAUUCAUAUAGUCUUGGAUUGUGGACUGAGUUUAUGCAAACAUCAAAAAGUGAAAAUAAUAAUAAAGAUAAUGAUAGAAUAGAAACGGUUAUAUUAAAUAAAAAAGGAAAUAAUCUUGGUUUAAGUAUUGUUUCAGCAAAAAGUGAAUGGCAACAAUUUCAAGGUGUUUAUAUAAAAAGUAUUAUACCUGGUAGUGCAGCCGAAGAUGAUGGACGUCUUCAACCAGGUGAUCAAAUCCUUUGUGUUGAUGAAAUUGGUCUGAUUGAUAAAACACAAGAACAAGCUGCUGAAGCACUCAAACGAUAUGGACCUUCAGUUACCUUACAAAUACGAAAAGAUGCAGCUAAUCGUCAUGGUCUUUCAGCUCUACUUACUGCACCAUCGGAGAAUCAUCAUGAAUUUACUCGCUUACAAUCAGCAUCAAAUUCUUCAUUAUUAUCAAAUCAAUAUCCACAUUCGACACUUGCAUUACAGACAACAAAUAGUCAUGAACGAUUAUCAAAUGCCCAACAACAUGUAACUAGUCGUAUUCAACAUAAUCAAAUUAACCCAUCAGUAGUUAAACCUAGUAUAAAAAGAGUAUUAUUUUCUCAUGAUAUAACUAAUCAUCAACAACGAUCAAUACCAUCAUCGGGUUUAACUCACAAUGAUCAAACCAAUUCUCAUGUACCACAACAAUGUCAAUCAAAUCCAAAUCUUUUUAAUUCAAAACAAAUAAAUGAACAAAACUUAGAUAAUUAUGAUAAUAAAUUUCUACUAACAAAUUUUAUUCGACCAAACAGUCAAACACAAUCAUUAAUUAAUCGAAAUGAUUCCACAUUUAGAUCGUUAGUCUUUCGAGAAGAUAUGCCAUUAGAUCAAAAUGAAAACCAUCGAAUAAAAUCAGCGAUACCACCUAAAACAUUACCAAAACCAUUGGUUAAUAGUCUUGCAUUAAUAAAACAAACUAAUUCAACAGAUGAUAUCGAUAUCAAUAAUAGAUUAUCAAAAGCAAGUUUAUCUACAUCAUCUGAUAAUGUAACUUCAUCAAUGCGAAAAAUUGAAAUUGAACAAGAAGAACUCACAAAACUUGGAAAUACAAAUCAAAAUAAUAUAAGUGAAAUACGUUUAAAACGCAUGAAUGAUUUAAUAACUAAACUCAAUCGUACAGAACAAGAAGAAAAAGAGUUAAAUAAUUUAAAAUUAGACAAUGAAUUCGAUUGUCGUGUUGAAGAAUUUUAUUCUCAAAUGAAUAUAAACAAUAAUCAAGAAGCAUGUGCAAUUAUCACUAAUGAAAUCAAUCAAUUCGAUGAAAAAUUAAAACGUCGCUUAGAACAAUUCGAACAAGAACGACAAAUCGAACGAGCACAUAUUAAUCGAAUGUUAACUAAACAUAAACUUGAUACUGAAACACGUUUACGUAAAGAGCGAGAACGUGAAAUUCGUGCUAAUCAUGAAAUGCAAGAAUUUAAAACUCGACGAAUGACAGAAGAUGAACGAAUACUUGAAGCUAAAAAAGAACAAGCUCGUCUAUUAAAACAUAUUCGUUUUCCUAAUUCAAGAAUAAAAGAUGAUCAAUUAUCAAAUAUGGAUGAUAGUGAACAUAUAACCACUGAAUUCGAUUCAAAUAAUAAUAAUUCAUUUCUUCAACAAAGUUCAUCUAUUUUUGAUGAACAAGAAAUUAAUAUCGAUUCAUGUUAA